GAACUUAACCUGACGAGCCAAUCUAAUUGCCUUAAAGAGUUUGGCAUCAGCGUCAACAAAUCAAUGGCUACGGUGUUUGGCAAAAAGGUUGAUACUCCUAUCCUCAAGUACGAAGAAAUAUGUAUCACAGGAGGAGGCUCGUGGACUAUCAAUAGUAGUGUUAAGUUGCUAAUGGCGGGAGAGCUGGACACCGCAAAACCUAAGUGGUUGUUACUUGCUCUUGAUCCACGAGGAAAACCACUAGAAGGAAAAUUGUUACGCGAUGUGAUUGAAAACAUCGAACAAUAUGGGAAUAACCUUAACAUGAAUAUCCCAACGAUUGAUAUGGAACAAAAAUCAAUGGAUGAGCUGGCAUCAGUUACAAAGAAAGAAAUGAUAUUCUAUCAGUUGGUCUUUGUUAUCAUGCCUGACAAGUUUACACCAGAAGACCCUUACCCGGAAAUCAAGCAGAUUUUUGAGCUAAAUCUCAACAUCUUGACUCAGUGCUUGAAGCGGUCAACAUUGGAAACUACCUUGGAUGUGAACAGAGAAAAAUAUAUACAAAAAAAGGAUCAAUAUUUCACUAAUCUCCUCUUGAAGAUCAACGCUAAGCUGAACGGAAAGAACCAUGCUUUAAAUAAACCACUCUGCGACAAGAAAGUCAUGGUUAUGGGCGCUGACGUGACUCAUCCAGCACCAGGCUCAACAAAUUCUCCUUCCAUUGCUGCUGUGACGGCCAGUCACGAAAAUGACCUGUUCAACUACAAUAUGCAGUGGCGUGUGCAGUCGCCCAAGCAGGAAAUAAUCCAAGAAAUGGAGAAAAUGACGCAGGCACACCUUGAAUACUACCACAAAAAGAAUAAAUCUUAUCCAGAACGCAUUAUCUUCUACAGAGACGGUGUCGGCGAUGGCCAGUUGGCUGCUGUCAUGAACAAAGAAUUGUUGGCCAUACAGAAAGCGUGCAGCAAUAUCUCUACGGAGAUUCAAAUCACCUACCUUGUCGUGCAAAAGAGGAACCAUACGAGGUUCUUUUCUGAAAAAAAUGGCAACGUGAUACCAGGCUUCAUGGUCAACUCGAAGAUCACGCACCCAUGGCACAGAGACUUUUACCUCGUGAGCCAACUAUGCCCAAGAGGCACAGCCAGGCCUGCCCGUUAUCGCUUGCUACACGACGACGCCAGUAUGACCGACAAUGAUGUGCAGAAUAUGACCUACGCCUUGUGCAUGUUGUACAGCAAGUGCGCCAAAAGCAUUUCGUACCCUACCCCGACCUACUACGCUCAUCUGGCCGCCGCCAGGGCUAAGGUUUACUUCUUCGCUAUCAUGCAAGACAUGCCUACUGUGGACUUCACCGGCCUGACUGAUGAGGAGAUCACGAUUAAAUGGGAGGAAGUGAGCAAGUCAGUAUUAGAAAAAGUCGACACCAUGAAGGCACUCACCGAUAAAUACCCAAUGUACUUUAUCUGAUUUGAGCUGCACAGUCCGUUCCUUGAGCCACUGCCUGUAGCCGCCUUCAAGGAUUUUGGGAUUCGGCUUAAAAUCUGAUUAAAAAUGAUAUUGUUUUUUUUUCUUUGUUCAUUAUGAUGUAUCAUCUAAUUAUUUCAUUUUUGUUAUGCUUUGGGAAAAUCACCCUAAAAUAAAACUGGAUUAUCAUG